AAUCAACACGUUCAACAGCUUGCCAAGUGGACUGGACAUCAUACUGCCAAGCAAAAGCAUAGACGGUUGUAGUGACAGCCCUGCAGAUAGAAGCAAGACCCUGAUCACAAAGCUGCCUACAAACAGGCGUACAUCUCUGCCGGACGCGAUGAAUAGCUUCACUGUGGCCGGCAGCGCCCUCUACCGAGCGGCAGCAGACUACAGCCCCGCGAACAUGUCGCGCAGCCGUCACCCACACCUGGAGCUAGCACUCGUCAAGGGAGACGAGGUGAGAGUGAUUGGACCCACCGACUCCACCGGCUACCUACAGGCGGUCGUUAACGGGAAGACAGGACUCAUCCCUGCUCACCACCUCGUUCCCGCGCGACCGCGCAGCUGCUUGGGACAGAGCGAGCAACGAGACUCGCUCCAGGACUCGGGAUUCCACGAACCCACGUCUGCCCUCAGCUCCCCGCAGAGGGCGCCAGCCGCGAAGAAGCGCGUGAACGUAGGAGGCGUGGCGGAAGCGACGCCGCAGGCGCCGAGCCAACUGAAGAUCCAUCGCAUCGUCGGCGAUCGCAACGCGAGCAACCGCAGCCUUCUGAUUGGCUGGAUGCCGCCGGCUGACGUGGAGGGCGUGGCUGAAUACAAGAUCUACGUGAACGGCAGCCUGCACCAGACGCUGUGCGGCGCCAACGCUGAGAAGGCCUUGGUGCGUGGACUCGACCUGCACCAGUGCCAGCACAUCAGCCUCUACGCUGUCUCACCAGGGGGCGCCAUGUCUCCCAGCACGGAUCUCGUGUUCGAGGGCAUACCGGAGGUCCCACCACCGGCAGCACCAAUGGUGGAAAGAUGGGAUAAUGCUGAAGCAUCACCGUGCUUGGCAAUCUAUGACUACGAUCCAGCGAUUCAGUCCGGCAGCAACGAGCCACAUGGGCAGCUACAGCUGCUAGAAGGUGACGCUGUCAUCACGUACGGUCCGAUGAGGGUUGACGGAUUCUACAGAGCAGAGGUGAAUGGCAAACGUGGAAUGGUUCCUUCCAGUUUUAUCGAGAAACUGUCUAAAGACUUAACUACCGUGAGGCAGAAGGUGGCAGCACCAGGGUCUACACCUGGACCGGCCGGCCACCCUUCCCGGGGAGCGACAGACGCACGGCACGUUACCUCUCGCGCCGCGGGAAGAUCACGCCCAUCCCGGCUGCAACGACCAAUCAACUGGUCUAGCAAGCAGACGAAACCGAACUGAAUCCGACAAGGGUUCGACAGCCGCCGCACUGCUCCCCCUGGUGGUGGCAGGGGCGUGUUUGCUGCAUCUGGUGCGGCGGAAGACAAUCAAUACCGCAGGCACAUUAAAGUUUAGCGAGAAAUUUGAUACAAUAAAUUUUUCCCGGACCUUUUUAAAUGUUAUUAUCACGUUGUUUUUCAGCCUCGCUGUUAUCGUAAUGUUGCCGCGGGAACUGACGGAAAAGCGCUAAACUUUUUUGUGUUGACGGUCGAAACAGCUUGUUUUUUUUUUCCAAUCCAUAAUUUUCAUCACGUUUUUUCUGCAGUCUGUGACAAUUCGCAGACCAAUGGCCCACCACUGCCACAUGCUAGCCAACCGUAUCCUUCUGUAUUGUUAUAACUAUUAUAUAAUCUAGCUCAUAUCUCUCGUGCUUUAAUGGGGGACACGACACAGGGCGACAGAGCUGAUUUGCGUGAGCAGCAGUAAGUGAUUCAGUCACACACCAAUCGCUGCCACCGUCUUAUGAAGCAGGUACGCCCGUACGUGUGUCUUGAUUUCACAUGAGGGAGUUGCUGCAAUCGUUACAACGCGCACGAAACUGUUAUCGACUCGUUUGGUGUGCCCUGUAGAUUCGUCCAUGUAAAUACGUUUGUUUAAAUCUUGUACAGUAUUGAAUAAAAAAAUAAAAAAUCUAUUUUAUAUAAUGAUGCAUGUGUGUGAGCGUGCACGCGUUUGCGAACGCCUUCAGAGAUUAAGAUGCGUAUCUGUCCCCCAUUAAAACCCUUUGAUACUGUUAUAUCAAACAUUUAUUCAAACGCCUAGAACAUAGGUGCCGUUUUGUACAAAAUGUCUAUUUUUCUAUUUAUGAACGCUUCAACGUCACAGCAAUAAAAAUAGUCCUAGUGUAGUAACUGAA